AUGGAGUUUUCGCGACAACCGGCGAGAAACGUUCCCGUUACUCUAGAGGAAUUUUUGGAUCGUCAUGAGCGUUCUCUUCCCAGGACAGUUAAGCUGGUGGAUGGGUUUUGGGGAAGUGAAGAAGACGAAACAUUAGAAGCAGACCAGAUCUUGGUUUUGUAUAAAGUAGAGAGGCUAAAAGUUGUUAUUGCACUUGACGCAUUCCGUCAAGAGAUCUUCUUCCCACGAAAUUCGAACUUCAAGGUUCACCUUCUUCCACCUGAAUGCAAAAUCUACAGCACGGUCCAAAAACUCAUCACUGAUCAAACACCGCCGUUUUUUCUUGUUCUUGAAGACAUUCCGUCCGCUGGAAUCGAAUCAGGAAGUAAGAUCAAUAUACUGAGCAAUGAAAAUAGUGUUUCCAACCAUUUAAAGUGUCAAGUUAUCAAAAAUGGCAAGUCCAAAGAAGUUCUACUCUACUCACAUCUUAAGGGGAAGUUUCUACCAUUGUUGGAAGCUACAGAGUAUAGCUUAGACGAAGUUGUCACGCAAAAACAUCUUCCCGUAAGUGUUCGCUUUGUGUCUGGGUCAAUAUCAGCCAAUGACCGGGUCAUCGCGCCAUCGUUGACCAAUCUGGGAAACAUUUGUCUUAAAGACGAGGCGGAAGUUUCCAUGGUCUUUGCAGCUUCAUUUGACAAAACUUUGUCACUGUACGUUUUCCCCAAAACAUUGGAAGUUAAUGUCAGCUGUGGAUUUAAAGUCUCAGCUGAAACCAGCAGAAAGGUCAAGGAAUGCAGGAAAAUCCUCCAGACAGGCGUCACUAGUUUGGAAGAAGUCGACGAUUUCGUAGCAAGUUCCUUCUACUAUGCAGCGAGCCCCGUCAGAAAGUUUAGUUUGCAAUCGCCUCAGGAACCCGCCCUUCCAGUGCUUUCUCCGAGGUCUCGGAUUGGUGAAUGUCAACAAAUGACAGAGGUAAAACUGUAUACAAACGUAGUAUAUUUAACACAACACGACCUUGUCCCAGAAGGGUAUGACAAACAAGUAGGUGUAGCAAUUCCAUCUGUGAUUGUUUAUGACGACAGAGAAAGCGGUUCACAAGAAGAUAUUCCCCCACCCUUGCCUCCCAAAUAUGGUGAAAAGACACGCUCGGAGUUCGUAUCACUUGGUGUAACACCGCCGGUAUUACCUCCAAAGCACAAAUCUGAUUGCGAGACACAUGACUCAGACCUGGCUUACUUAGUGGUCGAUUUACCUACCUGGAAAAGGGACGAGGAUGAGCACGAAGGCGACACAAGCUUCCUUCUAGAACUAACUGGCGAGCCUGUCGAGGGGGAAAGGGUAGACAAGAAACCACCUGUAAGAGAUAAAAGCAACUUGGAAAAGAGCGAGAACAAUUUUGGGUCCUGCGAAAAGGUGAACGUUGAGCAAGAUGACGUCAGAAACGUCUACCAAGAAGUGACUUUUCAACCUGUUGGAAUGGAAGACUACCUCAUCCCUGCUGAACAGAAACCGUCAGGACAUAAAAUGAACUGGGAAGAUGCUGCAGAUAAUUACUUGAUACCCGAAGAGGCAAGGGGUAACGCCUUUGAUCAAAAUGACGUUAGAAACGCCUACCUAGAAGUGAUUCAUCAACCUGACAGAACGGAAGAACUGAAAAGGGAAGGCCAUAUGGUGGACUGGGAAAAAGCUAAUGAUAAUUACUGGAAGUCUGCAAAGGGUGACGUUAUUAAGCAAGGUGAUGCGAGAAAUGUCAACCUAGAAUUGAUUCAUGAACCUGACGAUGUGUAUCUCGUCUCGAGGGAAGAAGAAGAAGGGAAAAAACAUCAAAUGGACUGGGAAAAAGCUGAAGAUGACGAUUAUGCAAAUGUUUUGGAUGGUGGUUCCCUCACAUACCCUCACCUAUUACGAAAAAGCAUGGAAAAUACUGAAGUCCAGCAUGUUGCAGAGGAAAACGACAGUUCAGACGACGAGCCUUACGAAGAGAUAUUCGUACCCUUGGAGUCUCUGGAGUCUUCGGCUCGUGAAUUUCGACUGGAGAGUACCACAGGAAAGCAAAAGAAAGAAGGGAUGAAAAAGACAUCUACGAUGUCCAGUAGUAACAACAACGACAGUAGCAAAACCACUGGAACGAGCGGAAAGGAAGAGGUUGCCGCGGCACCUUCGAUUAACAACAACAACAUUUGGAUCUCCACUCGCCGCGAAGAGGACUGCAUGGAUUUUAAUGACAUUGAACAGUUUUUUAAACUUAGAAAACAGUUGAACGACUUGAGUCUGCGAGCAAAAGAUCUUGAACAGGUCUGUACAAAAGAAGAGCCAAUGGAAAGAAGAAGAUUACCUAAGAAAAUUGAUAACACUACUCCAUGGUUUAGCUCCGAUAGGUCACACGACUUGGACAACGACUCGGAAGAAGCCAUGAAAGAGAGGCUGGCAAAGAAAAAAACAGAUGCUGUCCCCGAAAGGGCGAGGCCAGCACAUCAAAGGCGCCAAGUGAGGAAACCUUAUGGACCAGAGCAUGUCUGCAAUGAUGGGAAUGGUGACAUUUACGAAGAAUGCAUCGACAGAAAAUUCGUCAGCCACAAAACGUCAAAUAAAAACAAUUUAGUUUUCUUCUAUGGAAAUGACAGUAAAUAUAAAGAAAAAUCUGGCACCUAGCUGUUGCUGAACCGAGCCGUGAAACCAUAGCAGUGGUGAUGUAGGAACAAGAGCGGGUACUGGUGGUAAAAUACGGCUACUGUAAGCUUCCGCUUAUAAGACAUGGGAUCAUACAACUUCAUAACAGGGCUUAUAAACAGGGGGCUUAUACCCGGGGGACUUUUGACCACUUAUGACCGGACUGGGGGGAGUGGGGGUUUAUAAGCAGAAGUUUACGGUAUACUAACAUUGAGAGAGAGAUACGUGAAUAUUUCUAUGGACAUAGAUGCGACAAUGUAUCUCCUAGCAGCCUAACAACAACAAAAAACAGUUUUUUAAAAAUAUCAUGUGUUUUUUUGACUAUGCAGGGAAGAAAAGUCGGUGCGGUUUUACGCAUCUAGCCGCUUAGUUUUUCUUUUUUCCGUGAAACGGUUGCAUAAAGCACAUAGGCUGAAACUAAGAUACGAGAUAAGAUAAACUUUUAUUUGCUGCAAUUGUGCGCUAGUUUUAUGACUAAUAAGAAAAAUAUUAGUAAAUAUUUUGUCAAGUAUUUCAUGCUUUUUUUAGAAUUUGAAGAAACUUUGAUUUUUAAAAUCAGUGGGAAUGUCUCAAAGAAAAGUCACAGUACCAGCUAUUGUCUGCUUUCCAGAAUUAGUAUGGACUUUUGAUUUGUUUUGUUGUUGUUGUUGCUAUUUAACAAUUAUUCCUCAAGCCCGGAUGGGCUCUGAGUAUACAGCCCAUGAGGCCAAAGGCCGAAUGGGCUAUUGACUCAGAGGCCAUGAGGGUGAGAGGAAUAAUUGUUUUAGUAAAAUCCAACUAGCUGGUCGAAAAUAUCGAAAAUAAAAAAAAUGUAGCUAGUUAAAGCUAGACUUUAACCCUUUUUUGCCGCCAAAAAGACUGCGCUUUUCGCUACUAGUGGGCUAUAACAUAUAGCCUAGUAUUAGCUCAACCAAUCAGAACGCAGAAUUGAUAAUAGACCAUUAGUUGGAUUUUACUAAAGCCAUAUAUAUAGCCAUGGACAUGCAUGACUAGCAUAUUACGCUGAUACUAGUAACAUUAUACACUUAAUGUCAGAUCCCGAGGGAACAGUUAGUUUUGUUUUCCCGAGAGUCCUGAGUCCUUCCGAGACGAAGUGGAGGGAAACAUCAGGACUCGAGGGAAAACAAAACUAACUAGUUUCCCGAGGGACCUGACAUUAAGUGUUUUGUUAUAUUUCGAGACUUUCACUUCAACAGCAACAAAAGAAUAAUCGGAGCGAACCCGAAAACAGUCGACUCGGUACUUAUAACAACACAAAUUUAAUACUCAAAACCACUGAAUAAAUGAUUUACAAAAGUACUUUCCUUAUAUUAUCUGCAUAUUUUUCCUCCACCAGCUGUUGUUUCUCUUAUAGGAUAACUUUAAAAAUCGUUGCUUUUUAGCUCAAGGCUUCGUGUUUGUGUUCUUGUGUUCAUUCACGAAAAAGAAAACUGGCACUUUCCACCAUUCUUUGAUCGUGCUGUAAUGUUUCCCAAGCGGGCUACAUUGCUUAAUGUAUCACGAUCGGGAUACAUUUGAUUUUAGUCAAGGCCACGUGACCAAGAAUCAAGCAAUGGAAGUCCCUGUUUAGUUGAGUGAAAGUCUAGGAAUAUUACAAACAAACUUGAAACGGUUUAAUCAGGGGGUCAGUCUUGUUUAUGCCAUAAAAUGUGUGUGAAUUUUAGCACAUAAAGCGAUAAACGUUGUCUAAGGUCUCCCAAAGUUAAGUUUCGUAUCUUAAACUCAAUUAUAUUUAAUGACCAUGUUUGCAUAAAAUCUACUCAGACUGUUUUAAGAAGACAAGCAAGUUCGACAUGUCUUUGUUAGUACGCACAAAUGGAUCAGUUUGCCCUCAACGAGUCUGUUACAAGACCAUAGAUCGAUUUAUCUUAGAAACAAUAAAUUUAGCAUUUUUGAGUUUGUACAUAAAGAGUGGAGCAUAGUGGACAGCCACUUUCCUGAGAAUGCGAUUAUUACAGAAAAUAGUAUAAGUAAGAGUGUUAUUUUUAGCAAUUAAAGUUGUUACUGUGAAAAAGAGGAUAACUAUAAGUUAAUGCCCAAUUCACAAAUUCACACUUGCCAAACCUGUUAAGUUAACCGGAUUUGACAAUCUGUUAAAGAAAGUUAAUCUUAACUUGUACUUUCGUUUUAGCUGAUUAAAAAACAAAUUAGAAAACAGCUUUUAUGAUGAAAAGUUUGAUUUUACUAAACAGCUUUUUGACAUUUCUUGGUGUGAAUAGGGCGUUGUCAAUAGCCUUUCUAUUAUUUACAAAAGUGGGUUACCUUGGUAACUAGUAAUAACUUCUGGUUUUCUCUGCUGUUUAGCAAUACAUACAGAUUAACAACUGAAUUUAGUGAACAGGUUAAAAGUAUAUUUUUGCGAUGAAAACGGAUGUAAGUUGAAUAUUUUUAAACCUUCUUUGAUACUGAAAACAUGUUUAACUGCUGAUGAAAUAAGGCUAAUUUCUCGGUAAGUGGAAAUGCUGUUUCCCUACUUGAAGUUUAAUCGUAGUGUCCUCUUUGUACGUAAACCAAAGCUACUUAAUGGCAAAAUAACAAAAUGAUUAAAACGUGAUUUUCAUUUCUGUGACGAGCGUAGGACAGGAAAUACAUCCCAGGGAAUACUCCCCUAUGAAAAUGACGGUGGUACUCGUCGUACGCCAUGAGGGUCGUCGCGGUACUUAUUCAAAGCCCUUUAAGGGCAUUUAACCGAAAGAUACAUGGGAACCCUUUGUUACGCAACUGAUUUUUUGGCACCUCUCAGGAGCCACGCCCCCAAAUCCAAAUUCUUCAUCCUUGAAGCUUAGGGGCAUUUUUGGAAUUAUGAGCUGGACGAACUGCCCUGCCAUAAUAGGGAAUCGUUCCCAAGGUAAAGCAAAUUCGAAAACCGGAAUCCUUCCUUAGAGCUACCUUGGUCGAUGCCCUGUUCCUAAAGGAGCCUCCUUUGUCUACUUUUUUCUAAAUACACAAAGGAGGAAAUUUGCCAAAAAAUUUAUAAAAUUUCUAAUUUAAACAAUUUCUUAAAAUCCCGCCCAUUCCAAAAUGGGAAGGGGAGGAGUUAUCACGGACCCUCUAAAUGUACUUCUGUAUACCGCACGUAAAAGUGAAAUUGCCGACUUACAGUGGUUAUGUUUGUGCGGGGAUCAAGUGCGGGGAAUGGGUUUACCAUAGCGCAAGCCCAUUAAUCAACAUGAACUUAAAUACCGUUAUGCUCGUGCGCGUAGGUUUAAUAUCUCCAUUAUAGCUCUCAUUGCUACUCACAAUUCGUCAGUUUAAGUAUUUUAGUGGGCAUGGUGGAGGGGUGAGGGUUAACCAAUUCCCUCUUAUUAUUUGAAACCUGACGCAGUAAACAAACAUUAAGUUUGUACGAAAAAUGGGUAGCCAGUGCUCUUCUGGGCGUAUCGUCAUACCAAAUAUUGCCCGUUUACUUUACACAAUUGAUCUAGAAAAAAGCAGGUUUGCGGCUUAAACACGUGAUCCGUAAGUUUAAUCUUAGUCUAAGAAGACAGAGCACGCACAACAGUUCGAGAAGAAAAUCUUUGAAAGUUUAAAGGUCUGUUUUUCUUUUAUUUAAGGUGUUUGUCAGUCACUUGGAUUGUUUUAAGUAGCCUCGAAUUGUCCCUCAACUGUCCAUCUUCUCCACUUCUGGUAAUAAAGGUCAGCAUCUUGUCUUAUAGGUCACAUUUACACAGGUCACUUAUAGGUCACAGUUACAGCAUUGACUGGUCGGCAUUUAAGCCAAACAAUCUUCCCUCGAUCUAAAACAACAAUUGGGAUAAUAAUUAAGGUUAGGAGGCGCUUUUGGCCUGAUUUAUACGUUUCUGCAGGGUGUCUUUGCAUCGUGAUCUGUACCCUCCGUGACUUGUGGAAUCAGUGAACUUUAAAAAUAUGCUGCGGCGAAUUGCUCAGGCUAAAACAUUCGAAAGUGUUGUUUUCAUAUAAAUAUGUGUUGAGUUUUCCUUUCCUGCGAAUCUACCAGUCAAGGUCCCUUCAGUUGAAACACGAAAAGAUGCACGUAUCAUUUAGAGCCAUCUUGCAUGAGUGAACACGCUCAAAGAAAAUCAUUCUUGUGGAAACAUAGUGGGCAAUACCAAACGUGUGAAAUAACUUCAUGUUGCCCUCCUCUUAGUUUUACUACCUUUGUAUAACUUUUUUCUCUUACCGUUCUUGGAUUAAUGUUCAACGUCUUCUGGCGAAUUAGCGCUUUUAGGUAAUAACGUGCUGUUUUAGAUAUAUGCAUUCAACAUUUUCUUCAUCAUUGCAAAUAUUAUAUUGCCCACAUGGUUUUGAUUGUCUAUGCCUUUAUUCCUUCUCGAUUUCUUAAUUCCCUUGGCUAUCCUGAUAGGCGUGAAAAGGUUUCAAUGAUAUGUUUAAGUCUCCAUUUCGUUCUCAUUGCGCCAGUAAACUUAGGAUUGACCGAAAAUUUACCACUAAUGUCAGGUCAAAAAUGAACUGACCAUUGAAGACCCUUAAAGCCCCAAGAGUGACUAAUAUAUCAAUUCUCUCUCACCGAUAUCAAUACAUAAUCAAGAGAACAGGCUACGAGAAUUUACAAUAUGAUCACUUAUAAGGGAAAUUACUUCGAUCUUCAAACAAAUUCUCUCAACUGAUUCUUUUAUGAUAUGUAUGGAGACUAGUCUGGAGAAAUUGUAGGUAGAUACUGGGGUUUCAAGGGUUAAUCAUCAUUAUUCAUUCAUUUUAUUUUGCCAUUAACCAGAAAUACAACAACAGUAAACAGAAAUACAUUAAAGAUAAUAUACAAUAUCCCAAUAACUAAGUUAUUUACAAGAUUAAAUAUGGUAAAAAAAAAUCUAUCAAGGCAAGGAAGCCUAUAACAAGUGCGCCAAUUGAUACAUACUAAUGAAAUCCUUCUUUGUGGCAAUUGACCAAAAUUAUAAAAUAAUUCACACACAUUUUUAAAAAGAAGCCGGGGGCUUAUAAACUAUAGGCUUCCUGGAACUAUAGGGUAAACCAUACAAGUUAAGGGUGCUGAAUAACAACAACAACAACAACAACAACAAAAACAACAACUACAAAAGCUACUAAAACAGCAACAAUUUUUAGAAUACAAUUAAUACCAGUCGCUCAUGGGCUCCUGCUAAUAUAAUGUUCUUGUUCCCCCAUGCGACUACAGAGUUAGUUAAGGCGGGCGGAAUAUAAAUUUAGUAACACUGACAACUUGAAGAAAUAUCAAAAGUAAAAAAAAAAGCGAUAGUAGGGCUGAGAUAAUAACUAUCUAUACCGUAUGAAGUAUUCAUGAGCACGACAGGCUUGUUUUAAAAUAAAACUUAUUCCUUUGGGCCAUUAGUGCAGAAUUAGUCACGUUUCACAAUCAUUAGCUUUGAUUCUCGAAACCGUAAAUCUACAAAUGCCUGUAGGUACAAUCAGUUGCACCAUAAUUAAAUUUUUGGAGCAAUCGCCGCAGACGAACAUGCCAACGAAACCAUGAGCCCAUAAGCUGGAGCGAGCAGCGUCCAUGCGCUCGUGUCACGGCGUUUUCACGGACCAUUUAUUUUUAGAACGGUUUUGGUGCGAAUUUGAAUAUCUUUGAAAUUCCAAAAACCAGGCAGCAAAACCUACAGACUUAAAAAUGAUAAUUUUCGCCUUUUAAUAACGUUUAGUUUUCCUUUUUGAUAUCUUAUACUUCGAAUGCGCUCAUAGACAUGGUGCAGAUUCUAUUUUCGCCUGAAAGGAAACACAAUUUAAACCACUCCAUGUAAAACAUGACACAUAAAGUGUGACUUGACCUCGUUCCCAGGGUCCUCUCCCACUCUUUGGCCCCAUGAGAGGGCUGUCGUAUUACUAACCGUUUAUUUAUAUUAGUUUUAUAAACAACUCAGUUUAACUUCACAAAGGCACAUCUAUCUACAUCAUUGUCAUCCAAUUUGACAUCGUAGACUUGCCCAGGAAUAAUCAUAAAGCGCCUUGUUUCCAGGGUGUCUCUCGCUCCAUGGGACGGGAAGAAGAGGAGAGAUGGAAACGAGGUUAAACCCUUACUCAGUCUACAACGAAUCACCGUAAUCACAUUUUUUUUUCAUUUGUUUCUCAUUUAAAGCUCAUAUUGAGCUCAAUACGCCACUUGCACAUCUCCCACAGUGCACCUUAUUUGCUCCUCAAAAUUUUGCAUAAGCAUUUGGACGACUGUAAUACCCAGGGGAAAUGAAAGUAAAGGUUAUGAAAAGGUGCAUUACGGGAGAUGUGUAAGUAAGCUAAUUGAUGACAGGUGGGUUGUUGUUACAAAACUGCGUUUAACAAAUUUUCACCUUGUGGCAACCUUUCCGAUGUUCUUAGUUUGACUGGCCCAAAAGAAUCAGUUAGCUAUAUUAUCCUAAUGAAAAUGAAUUCAUCGGCAUGAAAAUAAUUUAAAUGAGGCAGAUACCACGAAGCAUGCCAUGUUAGUGAACAGCGGUUUCUCCCCAGGUAAGGGGACCCGGGAAAAUGUUGCUCGUGGAAUCCGGAAACCAGGCAAUUUGAGUUGUCGAAUCCGGAAUCCCCGGCUUUAGAAUCCCGAAUACAGCUCAAGGAAUCCGGAAUCUCACCAAGGAUUGGAAUCUGGAAUUCAAGUUCCAUUGACAAACAAUCCGGAAUCCAGUUUGUGGAAUCCAGAAUCUAAGAAUGUCUUGGAUUCCCUUACAUGGGCCAGGCGGUGAGAAGGGAAUAUAUGUCUAACCAUUUCUGUUAUUAAGUAAAGUGCUUAUGUAAUAUGCUCCUGAGCAUGAAGCUCUUUCUUGGGAAUUACUAAAGACGAAUGUGUGAUAUAGCCUGUGUAGCGAGCGUUUCCGUUUCUCGCCGGUUCCUUUCGUCCUGGUUUAACAUUCUGAACGAAGUCGAGCGAUGCGUAAAUGCACGCAAAGUGUGGAUUUAUGGGAAUACAUUCCCAUACAUUGCCAUACAUUCCCGUAAUUGCGGAUAGUAGGUGUGUGCCGCCCAGGGUCUUAAAUCCUGACUCUGUAAGGAUAAACCAAGCGAAAAUUGAUACCUUAUUUAAGGCCCAAACCCUCAAAGCAAACCCCAUUCAAGGGGAAAAAUGUAAGAAUUUAAUUGCAACACACAAACCUUCAUUUAUUCGCUUUCCUAAUAUUCUAAGGGAUGGCUCAGUUACUUAACAGAUAAUUUGUCUUUUUGAAGCUGGGCAUUUACGUACUUGAGUUUUACCUGAUACAAGUUAGGUACCCCAUCUACGGAUCACACUAGAAGCACAAUGCUAAAAUGGGCAAAAAUGAUACGCUUUUUUAGGAUCGAGACCCUCAGAAACCACACCUAUCUGGUGGCACAUACCUAAGUAGCCCACACAUGAGAGUUCCAGCUUUAAACUUGAUAUUGUCUUUUUUUCCGUGUCAAUGUACAGUUGUAAGGAUGGAACAUGUAGGCACACCUAUGCUUUUUUUUUUAUGUUUCAGCAACUCUUUGGAAAUCUUAAACAGUCGUCGUCGUCGUCGA